AUGUCCCUGUCCCACCUGUACGGCGGGGGCGGCGCGGCGGAGGACGAGGAGGUGGAGCUGGAGCGCUUCGAGAUCACCGACUGGGACCUGCAGAACGAGUUCAACCCCAACCGGCAGCGCCACUGGCAGACCAAGGAGGAGGCCGUCUACGGCAUCUGGGCCGAGCGCGACUCCGACGACGAGCGGCCCAGCUUCGGCUGCGGGAAGCGAUCUAAAGAUUACUCCGCCCCCGUGAACUUUAUCAGUGCUGGGCUGAAGAAAACAGCACCAGAUGACAUAGAAGAUGAAGAUUCAGAGGAGGAUGAGAAGCCUCCAAAGCAGGAGGAAGCCCCCAAAGAAUUUGUGCCAAAGAAGUUAAAAACAGGUGGCAAUUUCAAACCCAGCCAGAAAUGUUUUGUCGGAGGGACCAAGUCCUUCAUGGACUUUGGCAGCUGGGAGAGGCACACCAAGGGGAUCGGACAGAAGCUUCUUCAGAAAAUGGGCUACGUGCCUGGCAGAGGUCUGGGCAAGAAUGCUCAAGGUAUCAUCAAUCCUAUUGAGGCCAAGCAGAGAAAAGGCAAAGGGGCCGUGGGGGCCUACGGCUCGGAACGGACAUCUCAGUCCUUGCAGGACUUCCCUGUGGUUGACUCGGAGGAAGAAGCUGAAGAGGAGUUCCAGAAGGACCUCAGCCAGUGGCGGAAGGACCCCAGCGGGGGCAAGAAGAAACCCAAGUAUGCCUACAAGACAGUGGAGGAGCUGAAGGCCAAGGGCAGGGCGGGCAAGCAGCUCUCAGCACCUCAGAAGGAGCUGGCGCAAGUCAAGGUGAUUGACAUGACGGGCCGGGAGCAGAAGGUCUACUACAGCUACAGCCAGAUCAGCCAGAAGCACAACAUCCCGGACGACAGCCCCCAGCAGUUGCCCCUGGGCAAGGAUGCCAAGCCGCAGGCCUUUGCCUUGCCCGAGCUGGAGCACAACCUGCAGCUCCUCAUCGACCUCACGGAGCAGGAGAUCAUCCAGAACGACCGGCAGCUGCAGUACGAACGGGACAUGGUGGUCAACCUGACCCACGAGAUCGAGAAGAUGGACGAGGUCCUCUCGUGCGAGGAGGUGGAAGUCCGGAACCUCAGCAAGGUCCUGGAGAUAGUGGAGGAGUGCGAGAGGCGGAUGCAGCCCGGCUGCGAAGACCCCCUGAGCCUCACCGAGUGCGCCAAGAUCUUCGAGACUCUCCAGGAUAAGUAUUACGAGGAGUACCGGAUGUCUGACCGCGUGGAUCUGGCGGCAGCCAUCGUUUUCCCCCUGGUGAAAGACUACUUCAAGAACUGGGACCCGCUGAAGGACUGCAUGUACGGCACAGAAGUCCUGGACCAGUGGAAGAGCUUGCUGGAAAACGACCAGCUGUUGUCCCACGGUGGGCAGGACCUCUCCUCGGAUGCUUUUCACCGGCUGAUGUGGGAGACGUGGAUGCCGCAUGUGCGGAACGUCAUCGGACAGUGGCAGCCCCGGAACUGCAUUCCCAUGGUGGACUUCCUGGACAGCUGGGGGCACAUCAUUCCCAUCUGGAUCAUGGAUAACAUUCUAGACCAGCUGAUUUUCCCCAAGUUGCAGAAGGAGGUGGAGAACUGGAACCCUCUGACGGACACGGUCCCCAUCCACUCCUGGAUCCACCCGUGGCUGCCCCUGAUGCAUGCUCGCCUCGAGCCCCUCUACUCGCCCAUCCGCAACAAGCUGUCCAACGCCCUGCAGAAGUGGCACCCCAGCGACUCCUCCGCCAAGCUGAUCCUGCAGCCCUGGAAGGAGGUCUUCACCCCGGGGUCCUGGGAGGCCUUCAUGAUCAAGAACAUCGUGCCAAAGCUGGGUCUGUGCCUGAAUGAGCUGCUGAUCAACCCUCACCAGCAGCACAUGGACGCAUUCUUCUGGGUGAUGGACUGGGAAGGCAUGAUCUCCAGCUCCAGCCUGGUGGGGCUGCUGGAGAAGCACUUCUUUCCCAAGUGGCUGCAGGUUCUGUGCUCCUGGCUCAGUAACAACCCUAACUACGAAGAGAUCACCAAGUGGUACCUGGGGUGGAAGUCGAUGUUCUCGGACCAGGUGCUGGCCCACCCGUCCAUCAAGGAGAAAUUCAACGAAGCCCUGGAUGUCAUGAACAGAGCCGUCUCUUCCAGCGUUGGUGGCUACAUGCAGCCUGGCGCACGAGAGAACAUUGCUUACCUUACGCACACGGAGCGCCGGAAGGACUUCCAGUAUGAGGCCAUGCAGGAGCGCCGGGAAGCUGAAACCAUGGCCCAGCGGGGGAUCGGCAUGGCUGCUGGCGCUGUGCCCAUGAACUUCAAGGACCUGAUCCAGACCAAGGCCGAGGAGCACAACAUUGUCUUCAUGCCGGUCAUCGGGAAGCGGCACGAAGGGAAGCAGCUCUACACCUUCGGGCGCAUUGUCAUUUACAUCGACCGGGGGGUGGUCUUUGUGCAGGGAGAAAAAACCUGGGUCCCGACUUCCCUGCAGAGCCUCAUUGACAUGGCAAAAUGAGAGUGA